GAUGAGUUUGAUAGCAGUCCACAAAAAUGCAAAGGGCCCAACCUGAAAGCUGCUUUUCUCUGGGAUUAUUACAAACUGGACCCAACUCAACAUCGUAAUUAUUCUCUUGACAAACUCAAAUCUUUUGCAGUCCAUUUUCACUCGGAAUCCAUUAAUCCGGGCUUUGGAUUGGCGGUGCAAAUGCAAGCGGCCGUAGUUUCAGCGACGGUAUCCCCACCCUCCUCCUCAUUGGUGUCCUCUCCGCCGGCGAAGCUUGUACCCAUCAUCAGCAGGACAAGAUCCUUGCUAUUGGCAACAAGAAGGGUCAAGUACCAGUAUAAGAAGCACCAGCUUUCUGUGGAUCAGCGUCGAAUUGAUAUGGCGGCUACAGCAUCACCCUCUGUUGGAGUUGCUCCCAAAUGGGCUCAAAAGACUGUAACCAUUCCUGCCCAGAGGCGAGGCUGCCAUCUCAUCACCUCCAAGAUUUUGAAGGAGAUUGGGCAGGAUUUAUCAGGGUUUAAGUGUGGGCUUGCUCAUCUUUUUUUGCAGCACACAAGUGCUUCUUUGACUGUAAACGAAAACUACGAUUCAGAUGUCAGAGAUGACACGGAGACAUUUUUGAACAAAGUAGUUCCAGAGGGAAGGUCUGCGCCAUGGAAACAUACCCUGGAAGGUCCAGACGACAUGCCUGCACACAUCAAGUCAUCUAUGUUUGGCUGCUCUCUCACGUUACCUAUCACAGAUGGAAAAUUAAACAUGGGAACAUGGCAGGGAAUAUGGCUAUGCGAGCACCGGGAUGCUGCUACUCCACGCAAGAUUGUGAUCACUCUAAAUGGAAUAUAAGAAGUUGCAUUCAGUUAAACAUAUUUAAACUAGAUUUCCCUGUAAGAUAUAUAUAAUGAGGAUUCGCAUGUCUCCUGACUGAGUACAAUAUUGGAGUGUGGAUAGUGGAGGCUAACAGAUUGGAACAAUCGAUGAGUUUGCACUGAUUUGACCUGUUUAUUCCUAAGUAGAGUUUUCAAAGAGCCUUUUGCCCACAGCUAAAUGUGUGUGGUGUAUUAAUAAGCAGGCAGGCAGGCAGUUGAGAGUUGUACUGAAGAACUUGGAACUAGGAGACGCAAAUUAGCAAUUGCCGGAUCAUAUAAUCA